AUGACUAUUGAAGAGAAGAACGAGGUCCACAUGGUCGAGGACAUUCGUCCUGAAGGUGAGACUAUGGAGGAUGUUCUGCCUGAUUAUGGAAAAUUCGCAUUUCUUAGAGUUCCUCACUUGCUCAGAUUGAACUUGCUUCUGUUACUUUGUAUGAUUUCCUCUACCAAUAACGGUUAUGAUGGUUCCAUGUUGAACGGUCUUCAAUCCAUGGAUUCUUGGCAAGAUACUUUCAACCACCCCAAGGGUCAACAUUUGGGUGGUCUUGCCAACGGUAUGAUGUUCGGUGGUAUUGCUACUUGGCCUAUCCUUCCCUAUAUUACUGACAGAUGGGGCAGAAAGCUGCCUAUUGCUGGUGGAUGUGUUCUUAUUAUUGUUGGUGCUAUCAUUCAAGCUGUUUCUAACGACUACGCCGUCUUCCUUGUCGGAAGAUUGAUUCUUGGUUUUGGUUCUUCUUUCUGUACCGGAUGUUCUCCUUUGCUUUUGGCUGAGUCUUCUUAUCCUGCUCACAGACACGUUGUUACCGCUAUUUAUAACACCCUUUGGUACCUUGGUUCCAUUAUCGCUGCUUGGUUGACUUUGGGUACUUCUUACGUUACCACCACCUGGUCUUGGAGAAUCCCCUGUAUCUGCCAAGGUUUCCUUCCUUUGAUCCAACUUUUGAUGAUCUACUGGGUCCCUGAGUCUCCUCGUUACUUGAUUGACAAGCACCGUUAUGCCGAGGCCAGAGCUCUUCUUGUCAAGCACCACGCUGGUGGUGAUGUUAACUCCAAGCUUGUUGACUACGAGAUGGCUGAAAUUUCCUCUGCUCUUGAGCUUGAAAAGAUUCAAAAUGAGACUUCUUACUUGGAUUUCCUUAAGACCAAGGCCAACAAGCACAGAUUGUUCCUCAUCAUCAUGAUCCCCAUUAACAUGCAAAUGUCCGGUAACGGUCUUGUUUCUUACUACCUUAACCUUGUUCUUGACUCUAUUGGAAUCACUGAUCAACGUCAACAACUUUACCUUAACGGUGGUCUUCAAAUUUACAACUUCUUCUGGGCUGUCUUCUGGACUUUCUUUGUCGAGAGUUUGGGUCGUCGUAGAUUGUUCCUUAUCUCAUUCUCUGGUAUGCUUGUUACCUAUAUUAUCUGGACUGCCCUCUCUGGUGCUGGUACUCCUUCCAACUUUGCCAACAAGUCUCUUGCCAACGGUGUUCUCGCCAUGAUCUUCUUGUACUACUUCUGUUAUGGUAUUGCUCUUAACGGUCCUGCCGUGCUCUACUACACUGAAAUCUUGCCUUAUCAAUUGCGUGCUAAGGGUCUUAACAUUACUCAAAUUGUUACCACUCUUACUCUUAUUUACAACGGUUUCGUUAAUCCCGUUGCUAUGGACGCUAUCGGCUGGAAGUACUACAUCGUCUGGUGUUGUGUCAUUGCUGUUGAGCUUGUUAUCUGUUAUUUCUUCUACCCCGAGACUAAGGGCCACACUCUUGAGACUGUCGGAUCCGUCUUCGGUGAGGAAGUUCACGUUACCUCUGACUUGGGCGUUGGUCUUGGCAGAGAGAACGAGAAGCCUGUUGCUUAA